UUCUGACCGGUCCUGGACUGCGUCUGCUGUUCCUCCGAGCGCACACGAAGAAGAGGCAGAUCGGGACAUGAACAGACCGUGUUUUCUCGUGCUCAUCGGGCUGCUGUGGCGGUGUUGUGGAGCUCAGCAGAGAGGUCUCUUUCCAGCUGUGCUGAACCUGGCCUCCAUGGCAGAGAUCAAUACCAAUGCCACGUGUGGAGAAACAGGACCAGAAAUGUACUGCAAACUAGUGGAGCACGUACCAGGACAGCCCGUGAAAAACCCUCAGUGUCGGACCUGCAACCUGAAGAGUGAUUAUGAUUACGAGCGGCAUCCCAUCGAGUAUGCCAUCGACGGCACUAACAGAUGGUGGCAGAGCCCGAGCAUCAUGAACGGGAUGGACUACCAUUACGUCACUGUGACUCUGGACCUGCAGCAGGUCUUCCAGAUCGCUUAUGUGAUCCUGAAAGCUGCAAACUCCCCUCGGCCCGGAAACUGGAUUCUAGAGCGUUCUCUGGACGGUGAAACAUUCAUGCCGUGGCAGUAUUACGCGAUUACAGGCACGGAGUGCAUCACACGCUUCAAAGUCGUUCCCAGAACAGGCCCGCCGUCCUACAUGCAUGAUGAGGAAGUCAUCUGUACUUCCUUCUACUCUAAAAUCCAUCCUCUGGAGAACGGAGAGAUUCACACCUCACUAAUAAACGGCCGUCCCAGUGCGGAUGAUCCAUCGCCCAUGUUACUCAACUUCACCUCGGCACGCUAUAUCCGCCUGCGGUUCCAGAGGAUCCGCACCCUAAAUGCUGACCUCAUGACCCUCGCCCUCAAUGACCCCCGAGACAUCGACCCCAUUGUCACCAGACGGUAUUACUACUCCAUUAAGGAUAUAUCAGUUGGAGGCAUGUGCAUCUGUUACGGUCACGCCAAGGCCUGCCCUUUCAACCCAUACAACAAGAAAUUCAGCUGUGAGUGUGAACACAACACUUGUGGUGAGAGCUGUGACCGCUGUUGCCCUGGUUACAACCAGAAACCCUGGAUGGCGGGAACCUUCCUCACACGCCACGUCUGUGAAAAGUGUAACUGUCACGGCAAAUCAGAGGAAUGCUAUUACAACCAUACUGUGGCCGAUGCUAAGCUGAGUUUAAAUAUUCAUGGUGAAUAUGUGGGGGGCGGAGUCUGCCUUGGUUGCUCUGAAAACACAGGAGGAAUUAACUGUCAGUCAUGUGUAGACGGCUACUACAGACCAACUGAGGUGCGUCCAGACGAACACUGGCCCUGCAGACCCUGCUCAUGUGACCUGAGAGGUUCACUGCACUCUGCAUGUGUUCCAGAUGAGAAUCAGGUCACCGCAGGUUUGGCAGUGGGCUCGUGCAUCUGUAAGCAGGGAUAUGCAGGUGAGAAGUGUGACAGGUGUGCGUUUGGAUACACGGGAUUCCCUCUGUGUGAGCGAUGCAACUGCAGCAGUGAAGGCAGCCUUAACCAGGAUCCCUGCCAGCCGCUCUGCGUGUGUAAGGUGAUGGAUAUGUCUGGAUGGUAUCUGACAGGAGCGGAUGGGGAGGGGCUUGUGUGGGCGGUGCCCAGCAGAGAGACGGCCCACCAGCUCACCGUGAGCCAAUCAGACGUGCAGACUCACCUGACGGCACCGUACUACUGGAGCGCCCCGUCUGCUUACCUGCACAAGAAACUCUUGGCAUACGGAGGCCGGCUGGUGUAUUCGCUCUCUUAUGACACAGAGAGCAAAGACGACCCCGUUCGCAUCAUCAGCGCUCCUGAUGUCAUCAUAGAGGGCAGCGGGCUGAGGAUGAUUGACAACAGCUCUGGGGUCGCGGUGUAUCCGUUCUCCACAGCUGAGCGCAGGAUAGAUCUCCUGCCUGAAAGCUUUCUGCAUCACGCCUCAAGACUGCCCGUCAGUAAGAGAGACUUCCACAGCGUCCUCAACAACAUUGAGCGUCUGCUGCUCCGGGCCUCCUACGCUCAGGAACACAGCGCCAUCUACAGGUUGGGCCGUGUGAGCAUGAGUGUGGCUGCUGAAGGCUCUGGCAGUGGCGUUCAGGCCCGCGCUGUGGAGGUGUGCCAGUGUCCUCCCGGAUAUGAUGGCACUUCCUGUGAGGGCUGUAGGGAUCACACGGUAGGACCGUACUGUGAUCAUUGUGCUCCUGGAUACUACGGAGACGCCACCAGAGGAACUGCAGAAGACUGUCAGCCAUGUGCUUGUCCUCUUCUGAACCCAUCAAACAAUUUCAGUCCCACAUGUCACAUCGAUGCCAGAGGUGAGGUGAUCUGCGAUCGAUGCCAGCCGGGUUACACGGGUUCACGCUGUGACAGGUGUGCUAAUGGCUAUUUCGGUCGUCCCAACGUUCCUGGGGGUUCCUGCCAGCCGUGUAUGUGUAACGGUAACCUGGAUCUUACAGCAGAGCUCAGCUGUGAUCCGGUGACUGGAGCCUGUCUGCUCUGUCGUGAGGGAUAUGGAGGCCCGGACUGUGAAAGGUGCGCUGACGAAUACUUUGGAGAUGCCCUCAUAGCCAAGAAUUGCCAAGCGUGUCAGUGUCACACUAACGGAUCGCUCUCAGAGGUAUGCCAUCAGGAGACCGGACAGUGCCAGUGUCGACAACAUGUUGUUGGACGUCAGUGUGACGAGUGCAUGUCUGGCUUACACAUGCAGGGCGCUCAAGGCUUCGUCCCAUGCCAUUGCAAUUCAUUCGGAUCGAAGUCGUUUGAUUGUGAUGAGAGCGGUCAGUGUCGCUGUCAGCCUGGUGUGACAGGACAGAAGUGUGACCGCUGCACUCCCGGACACUUCAGCUUCCAGGAAGGCGGCUGCACACCGUGCCAGUGUGCCCAUGUGGGAAAUAACUGUGACGCUAACACAGGUCAGUGUAUCUGUCCGCCCAACACCGUGGGAGAGAGAUGUGACAAAUGUGCGCCCAACCACUGGGGUCACGACAUCAGCAGCGGCUGUAAGUCAUGUGGCUGUAACGCGCUGGGGUCUGUAGCACAGCAAUGUAACGUGAACACAGGCUGCUGCAUGUGCCGUGAGCAGUUCAGGGGUGAGAAAUGUGACGAGUGUAAGCUGGGUUACAGAGACUUCCCACAAUGCAUUUCCUGCCAGUGCUCGGCGGCAGGCUCGUCACUGGACACCUGCGAUGCAGAGUCUGGUCUCUGCGCAUGUGCAGACAGAAGUGGGCAGUGCUCAUGCAAGGCUAACAUGGAGGGAGUGAAAUGUGACCGCUGUAAGGUGGGCUCGUUCAGCCUCAGUCACAGGAAUCCACUGGGCUGCAGUCAGUGCUACUGCUUCGGCUUGAGCAGCUCAUGUACAGAGGCCACGGGACUCAUCCGUAUGAGGCUGACUCUGAUGCCAGAACAGACCGUUCUUCCUCUUGUGGACAAAUCCAGUCAUCAGGAGAUCACAGCGGGUGUGAGCUUCCAGCAUCCUGACAUCAUCGCUAAUGCUGAUGUGGUCCAGCAGCAUCUGAGUGAGCCGUACUACUGGAGAUUGCCAAAACAGUUCAAACGCUCCAUGAUAACAGCCUAUGGUGGGAAGCUGAAGUAUGCCAUCUAUUACGAGGCUCGUGAUGAGACGGGCCGCACCUCUUACGAGCCCCAGGUCAUCAUAAAGGGCGGACCCAACAAGGACAAGGUCAUGGUCCGCCACAUGCCAGCACUUCAGAUUGGCCAGCUGACCCGUCACGAGAUUGACAUAACAGAGCACGAAUGGAAACACAAGGAUGACAGGCCGAUGUCUCGUGAGGAUUUCAUGGACGUGCUGUUUCAUGUCGAAUAUAUCCUAAUAAAGGCCUCACACGGCAGCGUCAUGAGACACAGCAGGAUUUCUGAGAUCACUUUGGAGGUGGCUGAGGUGGGGACGCCCUCAAAGGACAGUGAAAUCGCCCAUCAGAUUGAGAAAUGUGACUGUCCUCUGGGAUACGCCGGUCUCUCCUGUGAGGAAUGUGCAGCUGGGUUCUACAGGCUCUCUGUUCAUGCCGGUGGAGCCGCGUCCAGAGCGGGCUUUGGCACCUGUGUCCGGUGCCAGUGCAAUGGACACAGUGACUCGUGUGAUCCUGAAACAGCCGUCUGCCAGAAUUGUCAGCAUAACACAGUCGGUGAUAAGUGUGAGCGAUGUGCUGCAGGGUUUUACGGCGUAGUGCGCGGCUUUACCGACGACUGCAAACCCUGUGCAUGUCCGCUCCUCAACCCGGAGAACAACUUUAGUCCCACCUGUCAGACGGAGGGUUUUAAUGACUACCGCUGCACCUCCUGUCCUGAAGGCUACGAGGGAAAACACUGUGAAAGGUGCGCCCCUGGUUUCCAUGGUAACCCGAGUGUGUUGGGCGGACGGUGCGAGGAGUGUAAGUGCGACGCUUACGGUGCAUUUCCCACAGCGUGUGACCCGCGCUCCGGACAGUGCCAGUGCCGUCCCGGCGCCAGCGGCCUGAAGUGUGACCAGUGCAUGGAGAGGCAUGUGUGUGGCCCUCAGGGCAUCGUGUCGUGUGACGACGACUGCGCGGGACUCUUGAUUCGUGACAUGGAUCGUCUGCUGCGUUUGAUUGGCAGCGUCAAUCUCACUCUGCCACUGCCCCUGCCGUAUAAAGUGCUGUAUCGAUACGAGAACAUGACGGAGGAGCUGAAGCACAUGCUGUCCCCUCAGAGAGCCCCGGAGAGACUGCUGCAGCUGGCCGACAGUAACCUGGGCAGUCUGGUCACUGAGAUGGACGAACUGCUCAGCAGGGCAACUAAAGUGUCUGCUGAUGGACAGCAGACAGCAGCAGAUGCAGAGCGGAGCCGCAAAGGAGCCGAGGACCUGGAGCUUUACGUCAGGAACACACUGCUGGCUGCUGAAGCUUUACGGGACAAAGCACGUGAGCUGAACGCCACUCUGGGCUCGAGGGACGGGGCUCCUGAGAAGAGUGUGAACGAGAUGAAUGAUGAAAUCCAAGCUAUGCUCGCAGAACUACGCAAACGCCAGCUCUCCGGCAAGAAAAACAUCGCUGAUGAAGAAUUGGGUGCCGCAGAGGCUCUUUUGGCUAGAGUGAAGCGUUUGUUUGGAGAUCCACACCAGGCCACAGAGGACCUGAAGAAGGAGGUCAGUGAUAAAAUGGGCGAUUACAGGCAGAAACUGGACGAAGCUCAGGAUCUGCUGAGGGACGCACACAACAAAACCAAGCAGGCCGAAGGACUGGCUGAUAACAACCAACUGAACCUUGACCGUCUGCAGGGAAAGAGGGAUGCGGCCGGUAAACAGAAAAAGGAAAUGGAGGGAAUUUUGGCGGAAGGAGAGAAGAUGCUGGAUGAAGCUAACGCUCUCUCAGACAGCAUCAACCAGGGCAAAGAGGAGCUGGAGGAGAUGGCCAGAGAGUUGGGUCCCCUGCACGAUAAGUUGGAUUUUAAGGUGGCACGUUUAGGUCGGGGUCUGGACGACUCCAUCCCUGAUCUGUUGCUGAGAGCGGAGGACCACUCCGGCCAGCUCAACGAUUCUGCUGCCAUACUCGACAGUAUUCUAGCUGAGGCAAAGAACCUGUCCUUCAACGCCACCGCUGCUUUCAAGGCUUACACCAACAUCAAGAACUACAUCAAUGAGGCUGAUAAGGUGGCCAAAGAGGCAAAGAAAGCCAGCAUUGAUGCUCUACAGCUGGCCUCAGGACCCAAAGGAUCUCUGAAAGACCAGGCCAAGGGUUCGGUUCAGAAGAGCCACCGCCUGUGGAACGAGGCCAAAGAACUGCAGAAUGACGUGAAAGAAAAUGGAGAGAAUCUGGGUGCUCUUCAGUUCAGACUGAAAGGAGCCAACAAAAAGAACAAAGACUUACAGAAAGGCCUGAACGACACAAUGGAGAAACUCAACGCCAUCCCUGAUGAUCUGGCAGCGAAGAUCCAGGCCACUAAGCUGAAGGCAGCGGAGGCCAACGACACGGCCAUAGACGUGCUCCACCGUCUGAAGGACAUGAACCUCAACCUGAUGGGUCUGAAGAGGAACCACAGCAAACUGGAGGACGACGUCAAGACAGCCAACAACCUGAUCAAAGACCCGGAGAAAAACAUUCAUGCGGCCGGAGCUAAAGUCAAGGAUCUGGAGAACGAGGCCGAUAGGUUGUUGGAGAAACUGAAGCCCAUUCAGGAGCUCCAGGACAACCUGAAGAAAAACAUCUCUCAGAUCAAAGAGCUCAUCAGCCAGGCUCGCAAACAGGCCAACUCUGUGAGUACUGCCCAUCAUACUCCAGGAGAACCCUUCAUCUACAUCUUACACUGUGGAAAAUAUAUCGGGCUGAACGGCAGUAUCUCGGUCCACGCGCUGGAGGGACCCAAAACAGGCAUCUUACCGACCCUCAGAAGUGCCAAAUCACCCGAGACUUACACCGUGCUGGAUGUGGACCAGAACGCUUACCUGUUUGUCGGCGGCAUGCUGGGCUCAGUGAAGAAAGCAGAUGCUGUGAAAACCACCACGUUCUCGGGCUGUAUGGGAGAGACGUCUCUAGAUGGAAAACCCAUCGGCCUCUGGAACUACAGAGAGAGAGACGGGGAUUGUGCUGGUUGUAUGGUCAGUCCUCAGCCGGCGGAUACUGAAGGCACGGUUCAGUUCGACGGAGAGGGUUACGCCGCCGUCAGCCGACCCACCCGAUGGAACCCAAACGUUUCCACGGUCAUGUUCAAGUUCCGCACGUUCUCCACAGACGCGCUCAUGAUGUACUUCACCACCAAGGACAUGAAAGACUUCAUGAGUGCAGAGCUGAGGGAUGGGAGGGUGAAAGUGAGUUAUGAUCUGGGCUCCGGCACCGGCUCCAUCAUCAGUGACAAACGCUAUAAUGACGGCAAAGGGAAGUCGUUCACCAUGUCCCGCAUGAAGAAAGAAGCAAUCAUCGCCAUAGUGAACAUCGAUACUAAUGAGGACGAGCAGUUGCGGACGGCGUCUCCAGGUGGAGCUACAGGCCUCAACCUGAGGGAGGAUGAGAGGAUGUAUUUUGGCGGUGUACCCAAGACUGGAAACUACAGGUCAGAGGUGGUUUUGAAGAGGUUCUCUGGCUGUAUGAAAGACAUUGAAGUUUCCCGAACGCCGUACAAUCUGCUGAGCAGCCCAGACUACACAGGACUGAUCAAAGGCUGCUCCAUUGAGAACCUGCACACCGUGAGCUUCUCCAGGCCUGGGUACAUGGAGCUGAAACCUGUGUCGUUUGACGUAGGCUCAGAGAUCUCUCUCUCCUUCAGCACGAAGAGUGAAAACGGCAUCAUCCUGUUCGGCAGAGGAGGACUGACCUCUAUGACACAGCUGACGCAGGGCCUGAAGCCUGUCCACAUCCCGCGCCGCUCACGCAGACAGACCGGAGAGCCCUUCCUGUCUGUGCAGCUGAAUAAAGGGGCUCUGGAGGUGCUGGUGUUCACAGGCAGCAAGAGUCCACGCAGAGCUUUCAGAAAAGCGGAUAAGGGAAUACUGCAUGAUGGGAGAGAGCACUCAUUGCGCAUCCAGAGACUCUCGGGAGCAUUAUUCACUGUGCAGGUGGAUGAAGAACCACUCUUCCAGCAGCCAUUACCCAACGAUCAUCCUCUGAGCAUCCAUCGGCUCUUCAUCGGAGGCAUCCCGGCGGACAUAGAAACAGGUGUACAGCGGCCCAACGUGCCGUUUGAGGGCUGCAUCUGGAACCUUCUCAUCAACACAGUGCCCAUGGAUUUCUCUCAGCCCGUGGCCUUUGAGAACGCAGAGAUUGGGCAGUGUCCUGACCUGGCCCCGCCUCCACCCCCGCCCGAGACCCCUGAGGAGGAGGAGGAGGAGGAGGAGGACGAAGAGGAAGAGGCUCCAGCCAAACCAGCACUCAUCCCUACAGAAGCAGCUCGGCCUCCACCACCAGCCUCCACUGCCACGCCCCUCACAGAGGCCACGCCCAUCCCAGACACGCCCACCAGUGUCAAAGGAGCCAGGGUGUCGUGCGCAGCAGAGGCGGAGCCUGUCGUGCUGGAACUGGCCAAACAGUUCGGUCUCUCCAGAAACAGUCACAUGGCCUUUGAGUUUGAUGACAAAAAGGUGAAGAACAGGCUGAUCAUCGAGUUCGAGAUACGCACAGAAGCAGACUCUGGGCUGGUGUUCUACAUGGCCAGGAUAAACCACGCUGACUUCGCCACCAUCCAGCUGAAGGAGGGAAUGGCUCACCUGAGCUACGAUCUGGGCAGCGGCAACACCUCCGUCAGCGUGCCGCGCAUCAUCAACGACGGGCAGUGGCACAAGAUCCGUGUGACGAGAGAGAAGCAGAGAGGAUUUCUCGUGAUUGACGGCCGUUACUCCAAACACACCACCAGCCCAAAGAAAGCUGAUAUUCUGGAUGUGGUGGGAAUGUUGUAUGUGGGAGGUUUACCGCUCAACUACACCACCAAACGCAUCGGACCGGUGCUGUACAGUAUCGACGCCUGCAUUAGGAACUUCAAGAUGAUGAAUCUGCUGCUGGACAUGGAGAAACCCACAUCCAGCUACCGCGUGGGCUCCUGCUUCGCCAACCCAGAAAAAGGAACUUAUUUUGAUGGCACAGGCUAUGCUAAAGCUGUGGACACGUAUCGAGUGGGUAAUGACGUGUCCGUGGAUCUGGAGUUCAGGACGUCACAGAGCAGCGGCGUUCUGUUAGGCGUCAGUAGCCAGAAGAUGGACGGACUGGGCAUUGAACUUGUCAAUGGAAAGCUUUUAUUCCAUGCAGAUAAUGGAGUGGGACGCUUCACAGCCGUAUAUGAGACAGAUCCGGAGGCGGGGCUUUGUGAUGGACAGUGGCACACUGUCUCCGCCCACAAGCUGAAGCACCACCUGGAGCUCAUCGUGGACGGCAAGAAGUCCGAGGCAGCGAGUCCAGACGUCCGCUCUGCCUCCGCCGAUACCAAUGACCCUGUGUAUGUGGGCGGAUACCCCGAGGGUCUGAAGCAGUUUGGACUCACUAUAAACACACCGUUUAAAGGCUGCAUGAGAAAUGUGAAGAUCACUAAAGCUGGGAAGACUCUGGAGGUGCAGAUGAACAAAGUCCUGGAGCUCAGAGGAGUUCAACCUCUCACCUGCCCUGCUAGUUAAACACACACACGCUCUCAUCUGCCCUGCUCUAGUUAAACACAAACGCUCUCGCCUGCCCUGCUAGUUAAACACACACAGGCUCUCACCUGCCCUGCUAGUUAAACACACACAGGCUCUCACCUGCCCUGCUAGUUAAACACAAACGCUCUCAUCUGACUCAUUUGACUGCUACUCAGAGUGAAUCAGUUCAUGAAUCAAAAUCAGAAAUAUUCAGAGAACUAACUGUGAAGUACUAGCUGUGCUGCUCAUAACCAAAUAACACAAGGAAUAUAUCUUUUUUUUAAAAACAGCUGGACAAACCAAAGAUUAUAGACAAACCCAGCCAAAUGAAAACCAGAUCAAAAACUUCUUUAAAAUACAAUUAAUACAAUCAGAUGUCAUAGGAGAAAAAUGUUAUAAAACCUUUCAGUAACACUUUACAAUAAGGUCCCAUUAGUUAACAUUAUUCAGGCAUUAACUAACAUGUACUAAAAUACAACUGUUCUGUGUUAAUUCAUGUUUGCUCUGGUCAAUUAAAAAUAACAGACACAACUUUUUAUUUUAAUAAUGUAUUAUUAAAUAUUGAAAUGAAUUAUAACUAGAAUUAAUAAAUACUUUAGAAUAUUUUUCAUUGUUAGUUAAUGUUAACCAAUAUAAACAGAUGAAAACUUAUUGUAAGGUGUUACCAACUUUUUAUGCUCUAGUUCAUUAUCAAACUAUGUAUUUGUGUGUUAAAGAAGCCAAAACCAAAACAGAAACUUUAGUAAAACAUUAAGAACUUUUUUUAAUCUCCAAAGCACAACUACAUCUUACACAGCCAAACGGAUCCUAACAAAGCCAUUAAAGAGUGAAUGACCCGAGCAAUCGGGAUUGUAUCAUUUAAAAAGACACACAUUGAUACAUCAGUAACUCAAUAAACUACAGAACUGUAAGGCCGUAAAACAUGACUUUCUGCUGAGACCUUUCAAAUGUCACCCACAUCAAACAUUGGGUUUGAUAAUCAUUUAACACAAUAUCAUACAUUAUUACGUGGAGAGCGUUGGACUUCCGGUCUUAAAUUUGUGCAUUUCGAGUUUUCUUCAAAGUGUGAUUACGUUUGACACCUGAUACAGUACAUCAAGAAAUAUUUAAACAAAAACAAAAAAUGCUUGUGCCUUGCUCCAAUACUUCAUAAACUGUAAUUAGAAAGGUUACACUGACAUAGAAAAUUAAGGACCUGUUCACAAUUAAUUAGCCUUGCCAAAAAUCAGCACAGAUGUGCUGUAUGAAAAUCAAAAGUCAGAUGUAGGAAAGUUGGACAGAUCAGAUUUUCGGAUUUAAGUGUGACCACAGUGUAAAUGCCUUAAUGAUCAAACCACACUUGAAGAAUCAGGUUGGCUGCAUAUAUAAGGAGCAACAUACUUUAUCUGAGAGCCAAAGAGAUGGUACGACACAUUCAUGGAAAGAGGCCUUGUGUUGAGCCCUGAGACACUUUUCUCUGAGGUCUCAGUGUGUGUUUUUGCAUGGAGUGAUGACAUGUACUGUGUAAUGAUCAGUAUUUCAAAAUAAAGAAAAAUCCCCUCUGAUGGCGCUUGA